AUGAUCUUUAAGCCAAAUUGGUCAAGUCAACAAACGUAUAAAUGCCUGCUGCUGGGCAACACCGGAGUGGGGAAAUCCACGUUCAUGCGGCUCCUAGCCACUGGAAAUUUUACGGAGCAUCAUGUGCCCACCAAGGGACUCAUGGUGUACACUUUGCCAUUGGAAACUAAUUACCAAAAUGUCGCCCUGCAGCUCUGGGACGUGGCUGGAGACUGCCAGCACGGUGGAUUACACAAUGGCUAUUUCUUCCACGCCCAGUGUGCCAUCAUAAUGUUCGAUCGAAGUGAUAUGUUGUCUGCGGGAAGUGUGGUGGAGUGGGUGCGAGAACUGGAGGCGAUUUGCGGAUGUGAUCUUCCUGUGGUGAUCUGUGGAAAUAUGGCGGAUUUAAAUCCAUUUCCUCGUGAGGUGAUGCUUCGUCGUCGCGGCAACUUCGACUACUGUGAAAUAUCUUGUAAAGCCGCAUGGAAUCUUAAGGAACCUUUGGAACUCCUCCUCCGGCGUUUGCUGGAAAAGUGCGAUGUAGAACUAAUCUCCGAGCCAACGAUCAAGCCGGUAAAAGGCUGCAAGGUAGAUAAGGAAAGAAUGGUAGAUCGUGUUUGGAAAAUAAGGAGACGGUCUAUUAUCGAGGAGGAUCUAAAAGAGGGUCCAGAUCAAAGGAUCCCAGCGCAGCAGUGCAUCAUCUUAAAUUAG